GAGAGAGAAGGAGGGAGUGUGUGAGUGCGAAAGAGAGAGAGAGAGGAGAGGUAGAGGCCGACACCCCCCGAGGCCCCUCUACAGACGACGGAGAGAGAGAGACAGAGAGAGAGAGAGAAGGAGAAAGGACGAGAAGAGAGAGAGAGAGAGAGAGUGAGAGGGGAGAGACCGGAGGAGAGGGACCGCGAGAGGAACGAUGAAGUUUCAGUAUAAGGAGGAACACGCCUUCGAGAAGCGGCGAUCCGAGGGCGAGAAGAUCCGCAAGAAAUACCCCGACAGAGUGCCGGUGAUUGUAGAGAAGGCCCCUAAAGCCAGGAUAGAUGACCUGGAUAAGAAGAAAUACCUGGUGCCCUCUGACCUCACGGUUGGGCAGUUCUAUUUCCUGAUCCGGAAGCGUAUCCACCUUCGAGCUGAAGACGCUCUCUUCUUUUUUGUAAACAAUGUCAUUCCUCCAACCAGCGCCACCAUGGGCCAGCUCUACCAGGAACAUCAUGAAGAAGAUUUCUUUUUGUACAUCGCUUACAGCGACGAGAGUGUGUACGGGAUGUAGCUCCAUGGAGCUCUCUCUGCCAUCACCAACGGGGGGGGGGG